GGGUAUUGAAUAGUUGUUGUAUUGUAGGCAAUAGGUCAGGGCCAUCAAACUGUGCAGCUGGUAAGGCUGCAGAAGAAGGACAUGGCCUUCGAGGACAGAAUUGACAUGUCAUCUAAUUACCAAGCAAACCAAGUCUUUCUAAAGCAUCCUAAUUACAGAGAUCCAAGCAGCUGCAUUGCACUCAUUCUGCAAAUUGCCACAGUGACCUGAAAGGAAGUCAAUUAAAGCAACACUGUCUAUUAUACAACUGUAAUUCAAUGGAUAUUGUAGUGUCUCACUGUCUUUUCAAUGUGAAUUUGAUAUGCUGUAAUGCUUGUAAUUUAUUCCUACCCUUUUUACUUUUAAAUGUAAAGCAGAACUGUCAAAUAAGCUUAAGUGAAAUACCUAGUUCAUUAAAUCACCAUGGAGAUUAAGAACUUGGAAUUUUUAGUGCCCCUUGAAAAUUAACCAAUUGCUCAGUUUUCACUUGUCACUGAGGUGAUUCUUUUCAGUGGUUUGAAGGUUAAGAUGCUGGUCUGUCAUGACGCCGCCCUCAGGUGCAGUCAGUGAGACAGUGGUAUUUCCAUGUGUGGGAAGAGCUGAUCCAGAGUGCCUCUUCUCCGGGAUGUUCCCCAGAGGACACCUUAGUGGACAGGAUGAGGCCUACACCACAGAGGCACUGUCAUUCUCUCCCAAAAGGCAAGCACAAGUGAAGAAAGGAUCAUCAAGUCCAAAAGUUGGAAAAACCCUUCGCAGAAAGCUUCAGAGUUGCCUUCAAGGUGAAGAGGAUAACUCACAUCAUGACUUGAUAAACACCACCUGCACCAAAACUGACUUGAAUCCAUCUGGGGAAAAGAGAAAUUCUGGUUGCCGUGGUGAUAUUAGUACUGUGGAGGAAAUUAUAACUCAGUCCAGUGAAAGAAUUGAAAAUGAAGAGGCAGUGCCAAGCUCAAGUAACGUAGUAGACCAUAUACUAAAAGAGCUGAAAGGCAUCAACAAGAUCCAGGAGGAAAUUUCUGACCUGAGGCAGUAUCUAACAUCUGUGCGGGGCUCGGUGGAUGAAGUAUCCUGCUGUGUUGAUGCAGUGCUCAGUGAAAUAGGUGAGCUGUAUUCUGGAGCUUCAGCUGCACCUCAUUCCAGUCCUGUUCUCCAAAUACCCAGCUCAAGACAAGGAAGUCUGGGUAGACAGAAUGCAAUCACAUCUCUUCAUGUUAGUCCAUUGUUAGAUCGCAAAGACAAUGGAAAUGAUUGUAGAGCCACAUCUUCUCACAGACCACCCAAACAAUGGCACAUCGAUCUUGUCAAUCUCCAAUGGAACCAGCAAACAGGCCAGAAAAACCAACAGCAGAUGGCAAAUGUGCCUUUAUGUGGCCUGUCAAAACCUGACCACCGUUACCAUGAACUCCACAGUGGCCAAGACUGCCAGAGUCCUAGUUCUUUAUCCUCAUGUCACAGUUCCAACUGUCUACAAGCUUGCAACAGUCUGCUUUCCACUCAAUAUGAUAGCUGGCCCUCCGUUGAAAUGCACCACAGCUUUAGUGGAGGUUGGAGUGAGGAGGACUUGUGCUCCUCUUGUGCAAACAGUGGAGAAGAACUUGAGAACUGCCUUGGUGUCUGGGACAGGUGUGCCAUAGAGACACAAAGCAGCACUCCUGGUCAUUCUUCCCAGAACAGCUCUGAACACCUCUCUCUGCUCUUUGGACACCAUUACAACUCUCCCUCCAGUUCCUCUAGUGUGGUGGACAGGAGACCCCAAAGGCUCCAAGCUGAUGAAGAGAAUCUAGACUGUGACUGUGUUGCAAACUGUCCAUACUCUCGUAGCUCAGGUUACCACACUGUGGAUGCAUGCGCAAAUGAAGUGGGUAGUGGGCCCUCUAGGAGUUUGAGUUGCUCCACUGUGCUGCUGACAGAUUGUGAUGAUGGUUAUCUGGAGUCGCAUUCACAGUGUGAUGAUGGUUUAUCAUCCGGUGACACUCUUGAUCUGGGGUCAGCUGAGAGUUUGGACAAGGAGUCAACAGACCACAGCAUCUUCAGGGAGGACACAGCAGACUCUUUGUCGCAGGGAUCUUCUGAAAUGCUUUCUGAGAGCACAGCUAAGUCUCCAUCUGCAGGUUUUGAUGUACCAACAUUUACCAAGGCAGUGCUUUCUUUUAGGUCAGCUUUAAAAGGGGCUUUGAAAAAGUUGGACGGGUCCAACCCUGAUGAUGAAAAAGUUAAUAGUGCAUCUGACGCGGCUUUGUCCCCUGUAAGACAGUCCUUUGUAACAGGGGAAGAACAAGGCAGUGCUGAGUCUACAAAUGGGGAAGUUAGUCUAACAGAGAAUCACACUCAGUUUGGUACUCCAAAAGAUGAGAGUGAGUCUUCAGUCUAUGUCAGUUGUGCGACUGAGCCACAUGAAACUCUGUCAUUGUCCCCUCAGCCGUCACCCAGUGAACCAUCUCCCUCCACCCUCACUGAGUCUCACUCUUUAGAAAUUUCACAAGACAAAGAAUGUCCCACAGAUGGAGAAUUGUCCACUCUUGACCUGACUCCAGUAAAGCAAGAAGAGAGUCCCUUAGUUCCUGUGCCGAGCCCUCUGAGUUCUGAUGAGGUCAGGUUAAGUCCAAUUAAGGAAAACCACAUUCUAGAUGAGGUUGUCUCAGGCAAGUCUACAGAUCCCAGUCACAAAGAGCGUAUAGCUAAUUUCCAGCGCAUUCUGAGAGAGAAGAGGCAAACCCGUCAUAGACUGUCAAAAUCUGCCCAAGGGUCCCAAGGAUCCCAUGGAUCUCAAGGAUCACAGGGUUCCCAAUCUCAAGAUGAGUUUUUUCCAGAGAUUUGGAAAGAGGAUAAUCAGGUUAUUCUUACCGACUGUACCCAUAGUGAAAUUAUUUUGGUUGUGUUUUUAUUUAUGUCCAUUUUCAUUUCCACCAUUCUUUCCACCUAUUAUUUGUAUUCCUUGAGCGUGUCAUACCAUUACAUUAUGCGAUAUCCAUUAUCCAAUGCAUGACGCAUACUAUAAAACUAGAAAGCCUUAUCAGGACAUUAUGAGAAGUGGGGGAUUUGCAGCAUCAUUCCAAGUGUAGUUUGUCAGUUUGUUUCUUGUUGAAGUCUUGGAAAGUGAUUCCUUAAUGUCCAUUGCUUCAUGUCAUCCCCAAAAGGUUUCCAAAUUCUCCCAGAAAUCCCACUGUGAUUUGAACCCUAGAGGGAUCCCUACUCUCUUCUGUCAUCUGACGGAGUGAUGCACAGACACUGAUCAAAGCGUAACGCAUACAGUUCCCAGUCAAAAUUUCAGUACUUUUGUGAAAUUCUUACCAAGAGUUGUUUCAUCUACUUCUUUUAAAGUUAUCUGGGCUUUCCCUAGUGCGCUUUUGACCUGUGAGAAGUCUUCAGUGGCUUUAUAUCUGUGUAAUUUCCAUUCACCAUUGCGUUAUACAGGACACUUUGUAGUGUGUAAUUAAAAUUCAGCAAAUUUUUUUUGAGUUUGUGUUUUAAAGGCAAUGUCACCUAUUUUUUACGUGAUUUAUGACAUCAGAGAGGUAAAACUCAACCAAUUUUUUAUUCCCAUUACCUUUGUUGUCUCGCAAUACAUCUUAAUGUGUCAGCUUUUCAAUGCCAUAGACUUUAAUUAUC